ACGUAUCAGGAGAAUCAACAGAACGAGUCGACUCGAGUCACGUGGCCUGCGCGUCAUCUCUCCGCGACACCCCAGCUUGUCAUUGCAGAGCGAGAUGGCGUCGCACUCUGGACACACGCCUGCAGCAGACGCGGAACUGGACGAGUUGUUGGACAGUGCACUGGAUGACUUUGAGAAGACGAAUGUUCCUCAUGCUCCUCCUGAAGCCCCCAGUGCAGAAGCGAAGGCUGGACAGAAGCCACCUCUGCUGGAGGACAGUCAGUUCUUCGAGUCUCUGUUUGAAGGAGAGAUGGCUCAGCAGGCGAAGGAGGAGUGGGAGAGAGCCAUGGCUGAGCUGGCGCAGGAGGAACCUGAGCUGAUCCAGCAGUUCCACAAACUGUCUGAAGUGGCAGGGAAAGUGGGUACUGACGCAGCAUCACAGCAGGAGUUUGCGUCCUGCCUCAAAGACACACUGAGCGGUUUGGCCAAAAACGCAGAUAAUCUGCAGGCCACCGGGUUAGCUGGAGAGGAUCUGGCUAAAACAUUAGAAGGUCUGGGACUGGAAGAGAACAGUGAAGGAGAUGGAGAAGAUGGGAAUAUCCUCCCCAUCAUGCAGUCCAUCAUGAAGAACCUUCUGUCCAAAGACGUGCUGUAUCCAUCACUCAAAGAGAUCACAGAGAAGUACCCCGAGUGGUUGGACAGUAACAGACAGUCUCUCUCGGCCGAGGACGUCCAGCGGUACGAGCAGCAGCACAGGAUCAUGGGAGAAAUCUGCAGCCAGUUUGAGAGAGACGGAGACACACAGAGCAGCUUUGAGAACAUUCUGGAGCUCAUGCAGAAGCUGCAGGAUUUGGGUCACCCCCCGAAGGAACUGGCUGGAGAAGCGCCCCCUGGUCUGAAUUUCGAUCCAGAGUCUCUUCAUCUUCCUGGCGUAGCGGGGGCGGAGCAGUGCUCCGUCAUGUGACUGCGUGGAGGCGGAGUUAUGCUAGCGGAAUGAAGAUGAUAGUGUGAUGUUACGAGUGUGUGUGUUUGUGUACAGACUCAUAAAUUAAAAUUAAUACUGCCUUUAAUGACCCGAAAUAAUAAUCCACACCAGGUUACAUGGUAAAUUCGGUUAUUUAUUUCAGUUAGCGUUAGCACUAUGUCUCCAGCGGCAGUUUGCUAACAUGCUAAUUUUAGCUCUUCUGCUGCUGUGUGAUUUAAUCCCAGACCUUAAUGCUACUGUUUUAUGCUAAUCAGUGCACUUGGCUGAAACAGGAGCACUUGUUGUGAAGAUGAGCGAUAAGCUCCGCCCCUUACCUGCAGCAGGUACACCUGCAACCCUCAUCAGUCCCUCUAACGGUUUUCUCUUCAUUCUGCAGAACAGUGUGUGAUUACACAACACUAACACUGUGUGUGUGUGUGUGCGUCCGUGUGAGCGUGUGAGUGAGAAAGAGAGAGAGAG